AUGGCUGCUACCGCAACUCAAAAUCCAGUUCCUAAGCCAGAAUCUAAGUCUGCCAAGAAGAAGAAGGCCAAGACCGAAGCUCUCGACGUUCAAAAACCCGCCGCACCACUAGCAGCUUCAGAGAAGGCAUCAUCCCACAGUACUGAAGAAAGCAGCAAUAGUGAUGGAUCUUACGAAAGUCCAUAUAUCAAGGAGCUCUACAAGAACAUUCGUAAUGUCAACAAGAAGAUUACCAAUGCCUCCAAAGUUGAUAAUGUCCUCGCUGAGAACCCUGGCAAGAGCUUGGACGAGUUGGUAGCUACUCGCAAGAUCAAUGCUGAUCAAAAGGCACAAAUUUUAAAGAAGCCAUCUCUCCAGGCAUCUUUAACCCAGCUCGAGGAGCAAAUCGCACAAUACAAGAAGUUCGAUCAAGAAUACAAGACCAAAAUUCAGGUUGAGAAGGCUGAUUUUGAGAGGACGUUUAAUGAGCGUGCCAGUGGAGAACUCAAGGAGAAGGUCAACGCUGCAAAAUACUCGGUCACCAAGGAGAAGGCUGAGGAGCAAGAGGGUAAUUUGUUACUUAUCACCAAGUUCCUCUGCCUCGCUGCCUUGCGCCGAAGCCCGGAAAAUGAUCCAGAUCUUGAUGAGAACAAGGGCAUUGAGGGUCUUCUCACUCAAGUCUACAGUGGCGACGAGGCUGCUGUAGCUGCCAUGACAAAGAUUAUCCAAGGCUCUGAGGAGGUCUGUUACUCCGUCAAUGGCGAGGAACUCACCACAACUUUUGCCGACAUCAAGGCCAUUGCUCUUGCGUUACCAACCACAUCUGUCGCCGCCGAAUCUACCGAGCCCGCCGCUGAAGAGACAACCGAAUCCGAAGUCGCUGAGUACCCCGUUCAAAGUGAUCCAACUAUCGCCAACGCCGGUUUGACCGAGAUCGAUGACCCUGUCACUAGUGCAUUGACUAAUGGUCAACAAGAGCCAAGUUUUGAGGAAGCUCAAGCCAUCCCUCCAAAUUCGGCCUUUGGCGAAGGAGGCAAUGCUGCAGCAGAGGCAAAUUGGGACAACAACAACAACGAGUUAUCUACAUCGCAAGAGUGGGUUGAGGUUCCUCGUGAAGCUGCUGAGACCGACACUGGUGUUACUGCUACUCCUGCUGCCGCUGUCAAUACUCAAAGCUGGGCCGAUGAACAACCUGACAGCCCUGAAUCAAAGAGUCCUACUCCAGCUAGCAACAAUGAUGGCUUCCAUGAAGUCAGCCGCAACCGUGGUCGUGGAGAUCAUCGUGGUAGAGGUGGCGGUCGAGGUCGUGGUAAUGGUGGCUUCAGAGGUGAUGGAUAUCGAGGACGUGGUCGAGGUGGUCCACGUGGAGCUCCUCGUGCUCCAAGAGGCGACUUGUCCUAG